UCCAGGAUUUUUUUUUUAAAAAAAAUAUUCUCCAGAAAGUAGAUAUAUUAAGGACACGUCAGAGAUACCGGAGAGGCGAUAACUGCAGGAACUCGAAGAAUCGCCAUGAAAACCGACGAGUUGAUCAGAUUUUAGCUGAAAAUUGAACUUCCCUCAUUUCGCUAUGUGCAAUUGCUUUUCUCCUACUACUUUCUUUCCUCAUUCUUCGUUUUCAUUUGGCUUUACUACUUCAAAAUUGACCCACAAAUCGCCACCCGGUUUUGGUAGUACUCCUUACUCGUAUCGCAAUUUAGCACUUGGUAAACCGAAAAGGAGCAUACCCAAGUUGAGUACUUCAGAUGGGUAUGGUUUUUUCGAUGAUUUAUGGUUAAAAGAAGAGGGAGAAACUGAAAUUCCGGUGAUUGAAGCUUCGAGAAUUGAAAAACAAGCGGAGAUUCCGAGUCCCAGAAAAGGAAUUGAUGAUAGAGGGGUUGGGUUUCUUGAAUUGGGUAGAGAAGCAGAGGAGACAGUGAAAGAAAAGUUCGAGUUGGAAAAGGGAAUUGUGCGGAAGAAGAAGCAAAUGAUGAAAAGAUCGAAUUUGAUUGCGAAGCAAGUGAUCAGUAUUCAGUCUGCUCUCAGCUUGGGCUUUGUGUCGCAGCUUUGGGUUGACAUAAAUUCUUGGAUUGUUAUCCUAGUUGAAGUGAGGCCAAACUUACUUUCUGGUGAAGGGGAAAAGUUUCUGCUGGAGGAUGUCAAACAGGUAGGAGAUGUUGUGCUUGUUGGAGAUGAGAGUGUGAUGGAAAAUGAAUUCAAGCUUAUUGGACUGCAGACAUUGGUGGGGUACAACGUUGUAACGCCACGUCAACGAAAUGUUGGGAAGGUUCGUGGCUAUACUUUCAAUAUUAACUCAGGGGAAGUAGAAUAUCUCGAGCUUGAUUCCUUGGGAAUAUCCAUAAUACCAUCCACCUUGGUCAGCACCUACGGUUUAUUUGUUGAGGAUGUGGUUGAUGUUUUAUCCGAUACCAUCGUUGUUCAUGAAGCUGCAGCCUCACGCCUACAGAGACUUACUAAGGGAUUAUGGGAUGCCCAGAACAUGUCUUACUCUGCAGAUGAAAUGCAAGAUCAUAGCAACUUAAGAAACACAUGUGCUAAGCCGGAGUAUAGCAGAAGUCGUAAAAAAUCUUCAGGAAAAAAGUUAAGGAAGAAACUGAAAGAACUUGCUGAUGAUUGGGACCUUCCUAUGGAUUUCUUUUAAUCUGCUGCAUUUCUCCACAAUGUACAUCACAAGUUUCCAUUUGGGUAUAUGUUUUUAGAGAGAGUCUGUUUUGGUACCUUGUGUCGAAAUAAUUGCCUUUUUGGCACCAGGCUUGUUAUCUGUACAGUGUCUAACACAGUCUCUGAGUUCAUAUAGCUAAUUGUAUGACCAAAGUGACUAUCUGUACUUAUUGUUUCUUCUUGAAUCUUUUUGACACAAUGGCCUAUGGGCUAUGGGUGCAAAUUUGUCACAAAA